AUGGCAUCUUCGACGUACCGCGAUGGCAUCUAUGCGGGCGGCUACAACAAGGGGGCCCAGAAGUACGACUCGCGUAAUUAUCUGGACAUGCCACGCCACAGCGUCAUAGAUCCAUCGAUGCUGAGCUUUGAUCUCCCGGGAACCACUUCUCAAGGGGGUAGCUACAGCGGUACGGCCCAUGCUCAAUCAGAGGACAUGGGUGGGAGAACCAUGGGCAGCCCAGCCUCUUCCUUCAGCAAGACAUCCGCCACUGGGCCCAAUUUUGCUGCCGACGCUGCCAGCUCUGGUGUGAGUGCUGGCUGGUCGGUAGCCAAGCCAAUCGGCAACAGAUUCCUGCCCUUGUCGCUGUCCGCCCCCGAUUUAGAAGACUCUCUUGAUUUAAGGAGCCAGGGAACAUCGAACAUCUCAACGUUCUCCACUAGCAGGCAAGUAGAUUCUGACAUGCCGAGCCGCAACUAUGCGCGCCUUAGAUCCGCAUCCGAUAUCAAUGUCACUGUGGACACCGCUGCUUAUAGGGACAAUAAUGCUGCGCGAGUCUUCAUGACCACAGGCAUGCUUUCGGACAUUGACGAUGUGCCGACGGAACCAGCUGACACGCGUGGGCGUGGCACGUCCUUGCAGAGCUCCUCCAGCGCUGCUGACAAGGCGCCAGCCAACGAUAUCCCGGCGUCUACCACUUCGGCAAAACCAACGGUCAAGCUAUCGCGCAACGUAAGGGACCGCCUGAUGAAAGCCCGUAUGAAGCAGAAGCAGAAGACUGAAGAGGCUGCAACUGGUGCUGCGCCUACUGAGGACACGACAGACGCUUGA